CGGGCCACGACGAACAGGCGACCGCCAGAGGCAGUCGACCUGGCUCUUCUGACCACCCUGGCCACCUCGACAAACCAUCGCUGGCCCUCCCACCACCAUCACGCCCUGCGUGAGGUCGCUCGCAAAAGAACGUUCGCGUAAGUGGAAUGCGUCCCGCGAAGAUCGACACUGGUGACUCACACAACCCAUUUGAACUUCGAUGGGCGAACGCGCAUAUUUUCCUCCAGUUGACUCGUUCAUGACGAACUCGCCAUACACUUAAUGACGACAGGGACACGAAUCCAUUGAUCAAUUCGUCCCACUACGGACCGCAGAUGGAGGCUGCAGACGAUAAAGCAGUCGCCGACAUGACGAGCAGCCCGGCGACAACCGCCGCCAGCCCUAGGAGAAGGCACCAGUUCGACAUGGCGUCGCUGCUGAAUGGGCAACUGCACCACUUUCCCGUCUUCGUCGAAGCUGCCACAGUGCUCCACACCAUCCAGCGCGACACGACGUCGUUCACAAGCUUCCCCAAAUUGUACACCAUCCCGAGAGAACCGCCGUGGCCGCCGCAUCUCCAAGGCGUCAAGCUCAACACGGCGCAAGUUCGCAUGCACUAUAAGCAUGGGAACCUCCACCCCGACACGCUCGCGGGCCUCCGGGCCGUCAAUUUUGUGUUUGACGUGAACCAAGUCAAGUGGUCGCAGAAGCUCCUGGCGCUCGCGACGUACAAAGAGAUUCAUGGCGACCUUUGUGUGCCGCAGGAGUUUUGCAUCCCGCCAAACGACCCCCGGUGGCCCAAGGAUCUGUGGCACAUGCGCCUUGGCCUCGCCGUCCGAGGACUCCGCCAAAAGACCAAACCAUCCACCGAGCGCCACAAGAUUCUCUCCGACAUGGGGUUUGUAUGGAAUAUACUGGACCUGAGUUGGGACACAAAGGUGCUGGCCCUCGUCAAGUACAAGCAAUUCUACGGGGACCUCCUCGUCGCGUACAGCUUUAGAGUGCCCACGCACGACGUCGCAUGGCCCAAGGAAACGUGGGGACUCAAGCUAGGCCACGCAGUCCACAACAUACGUCAGAACGGCCACGAGAUGUCCGCUGAUCGGCGUAGACAACUCGUCGCCCUCGGUUUUGUGUGGGACCACUUGGAAAUGAGCUGGGACGUCAAAAUCGUUGCUCUCCAAACGUAUCGGUCGCUCUUCAACUCACUCAACGUCCCGUACGGGUAUGUCGUGCCGGGGGAGUCGUCGUUGUGGCCCCGCGAAACGUGGCACAUGAAACUUGGCCAUGCUGUGCACAACAUCCGACAGAACCUCCAAGAUAUGCCUGCCGCGCGCAAGGCGCAACUGAACGAGAUGGGGUUUGUGUGGCACUCGCUACCUCUCUCAUGGGAGAUGAAGGUUGUGGCCCUGCAAGUGUAUCAUCAUACGUUUGGCAACUUGGUCAUUCCGCCGUCAUUUCGCAUCCCGGACGGCAACGACAGCGCAUGGCCCAAGAAGACAUGGUACAUUCGACUCGCGGAUGUCGCCGACGACGUGCGUCGGCACCACGAGAAUUUGACUCCAGCGCAAGUUCGACAAUUGAACGAACUGGGGUUCCCCUGGCAGGACGGCGAAAGUGACGCGUCACAAGACCCAGUCGAGUUGAUCUCCAUCUGCGACGGAUUUCCCCUCACGAAGCGCAUCAAGAUCGACAGCCCAAAGUGUUGACUGUCGACGAAAUAACGUGUUACAGUUUCUCAAAUCAACCAAUCAGACACCUCC